CCAACUCAGCUCGGACUUAUGAAGAUGUCAAAACAUUUAAAAAUUUCGCAAAUUUACUUAGUGUAUUGUUUAGUCCUAUUUCAAAUCCUUUGUGAUGAAGCGUUUGCACGUGACCCAUACAAAGGGCAAACAAUUUUUAAGCUCUUGCCUAAAACUGCUGCUGACAGGAAGUUGAUUCGAGACCUGACUCUAAAACCAGGAUACACUGGCCUACACGUAAAUGCCGUACAUGGGAGGUUGUUGUGCGUCAUGGUUGCUUAUGAAUGUAUUAAGGAAUUUCUGCACAUAAUAGCCAAAAUCGGAGCCCUUAUUAUAUGUAAAGUUGGGAACGUUGAAAAAAUGCUAGCAGAAGCUAGAGUUUUGAAACAAUCAUCUAGACGAACCCGAAGCUUGCAAUUAAGUUGGUACAAGUACUAUCGAGGUAAAGACAUUAACAAUUACCUCGAUCAGUUAGCAGCGAAAUACCACAAAACCGUUACCGUGGUUAACAAAUGUAAAUCCUUUGAAAAACGAACAAUGAAGACCAUUAAAAUUACAAAGGGCGAUGGUAUUAAAAAAAGACUCAUUGUCAUAGAUGCAGGGAUCCAUGCCCGCGAAUGGAUUGCUCCAGCAACUGCACUCUACAUUAUACACCAACUUGUCCAGAAAGCAAAUGAAAAUGAAGACUUACUGAGAUCAUUCGAUUUCUUGAUCCUCCCCCUGGUCAACCCAGAUGGCUAUGAGUAUUCACAUAAGUCAGAGCGAUUUUGGAGGAAGACUCGCUCUAAUCCAAAAAGCAAGUGUCCUGGUGUUGAUGCCAAUAGAAACUAUGACUACAAAUGGGGUGUAUGUGGAACUUCUAAAGAUCCUUGUGAUGAGAUCUACUUAGGUAAGGAACCAUUUUCUGAACCUGAAAGUCGCUGCGUCAGAGAUUUAUUGUUGUCGGCAAAAGGAGUCGGAAUAUUUUAUCUGUCAUUGCAUUCUUAUGGGCCAUACAUUCUGUAUCCAUGGGGAUGGAAAUCAGGAUCUCCAGACUCCAGAUCUCAUAAAACAUUUGAAAAAAUUGCAAUGGCUGGAGUUGACGCAGUAAAAAAAUUAAGCGGAAGAGAAUAUCUGCACGGAAGUUCCGGGGAAUUACUCUACACUGCCAGUGGAGCAAGUGAUGAUUAUGCUUAUGCUAUUGCAAAAUUUCCAAUUUCAAUGACCUUCGAAUUAGAAGGUAAUGACAGGGGAUUUGACCCUCCACCGGACCAAAUCCCGAACAUUACCAAAGAAUCGUGGACAUGUAUUCGUGCGAUGUUUCUUGAAACCGGAAAAAUUUUUAAGUUGCGUUCAGAUCGAAAACUACGAAAUUCUGCGACAUCUGAGUUUUAUGCCGUCCGUUGGAAAUUUUUAACAGGACUCUCUACAGUGUAUGUGGGAAUGGUAUCAACAAAUCUGUAGGAACGUGG